AUGGCGCAACCACGCAAUAAUCCUUUCUCUAGGACCUCACCGGGUCCUAGCAGCGGCCGGCCGAAAUCCGCUGUCUUCUCCUCGCCAUCCCCGCUAUCCGCCGUCUCGACUCCCACGGCGCACGCCAGAACCCAGUCCCAUGCUUCGAUAGCACCCGCAGCACCCUCAGCACCUGCCGCUGCGUCGGCGAUACCCCCCGCGGCUGGCCAUUUCCGCCAUAACCGUUCCGACUCAAGGAACAGCGGCUCUGGCACUUUUGCGCCCUCCUUCAUCAAGACGGAGGAGAUGCGACGCGGUUCCGAUACGGUCAGAGGCAUUGAAGGCGAGAACGACUUCUCUGGAAAGCGAUAUGUGUGGCUUAAGGAUCCCCAAGUCGCCUUUGUCAAAGGUUGGGUCGUUGAGGAUUUGGCGAACAACAGGAUACUCGUCCAGUGCGACGAUGGCACUCAACGAGAAGUUGACGCUGAGAGCGUUGACAAAGUCAAUCCUGCCAAGUUCGACAAGGCAAACGAUAUGGCCGAGUUGACCCAUCUGAACGAGGCGUCUGUGGUCCAUAACCUCCACAUGAGAUAUCAAUCCGACUUGAUCUACACCUAUUCCGGUCUUUUCUUGGUCACAGUCAACCCGUACUGCCCGCUGCCUAUCUACACGAAUGAGUACAUCAAUAUGUACAAGGGAAGGAGUAGGGAGGAUACGAAACCCCACAUCUACGCAAUGGCAGACCACGCCUUCCGCAAUCUGGUGGACGAAGGUGAAAACCAGAGCAUCCUAGUCACCGGUGAGUCUGGUGCAGGUAAAACCGAAAACACCAAGAAGGUCAUCCAGUACCUUGCGGCAGUUGCGCACUCCGAAUCGCCCGUCAAGAACAAGUCGCAACAGUCAAACCUCUCUCAGCAGAUCCUCCGCGCCAACCCGAUUCUUGAAGCUUUUGGAAACGCCCAAACGGUGCGAAACAACAACUCCUCGCGAUUCGGAAAGUUCAUUCGCAUCGAGUUCAACCGUGCAGGCGCUAUUGCCGGCGCAUUCAUUGACUGGUAUCUGCUUGAGAAGUCACGCGUCGUGAGAAUCAACGGACAUGAGAGAAAUUACCACGUUUUUUACCAGUUGCUCAAGGGUGCUGAUAGGAAGAUGAAGUCCGAGUUUCUUCUUGAUGGACUCGACGUGGAGGACUUUGCAUACACCCGCCCCGGCCACGACACCAUCGUCGGAGUGUCUGACCGCGACGAGUGGGACUCCCUGAUGGAGGCCUUCUGCGUCAUGGGCUUCUCGGACAAAGAGCAGAGCUCCAUUCUCCGCACGAUCGCGGCUGUCCUUCACCUCGGAAAUGUUUCUGUUGUCAAGGAGAGCCGUGCUGCAGACCAAGCCCGCUUAGCACCCGAUGCCAAGGAUCAGGCGGCCAAGGUAUGCAAGCUUCUAGGAGUUCCUCUCGAGCCCUUUUUGCAGGGCCUGCUGCACCCCAGGGUCAAAGCCGGUCGCGAAUGGGUUGAGAAGGUCCAGACUCCUGAGCAAGUCAGGUUGGGUUUGGACGCCCUGUCCAAAGGUAUCUACGAAAGGGGGUUCGGCGACCUUGUUACCCGUAUCAAUCGUCAGCUAGACCGAACAGGCAUGGGCUUGGACGAUUCGCGCUUUAUUGGUGUGCUGGAUAUCGCCGGUUUCGAAAUCUUCGAGGAGAACAGCUUCGAGCAGCUUUGCAUAAACUACACCAACGAAAAGCUCCAACAGUUCUUCAAUCACCAUAUGUUCGUCCUUGAGCAAGAAGAGUACGCAAGGGAACAGAUCGAAUGGCAGUUCAUCGACUUUGGACGCGACCUGCAGCCCACAAUCGACCUCAUCGAGCUUUCCAACCCUAUCGGUAUCUUCUCUUGCCUAGACGAAGACUGUGUGAUGCCCAAGGCGACAGACAAGUCUUUUACGGAGAAGCUCAACUCGCUCUGGGACAAGAAGUCCAACAAAUACAGACCCUCGAGACUGGGACAAGGCUUCAUCCUGACACAUUACGCGGCAGAGGUCGAGUAUUCCACCGAUGGCUGGUUAGAGAAGAACAAGGACCCGUUGAACGAUAAUAUCACUCGCCUACUUGCCUCCUCCACAGACAAACACAUUGCCGAUCUUUUCGCCGACUGCGCUGACAUGGACGAUGACAUUGGCGCCAGCCGGAAUCGGGUCAAGAAGGGCUUGUUCCGCACCGUUGCCCAGCGCCACAAGGAGCAGCUGCACAGUCUGAUGGCUCAGCUGCACUCUACCCACCCUCACUUCGUCCGAUGCAUUCUGCCGAACCACAAGAAGAAGCCAAAGCAGUUCAACAAACUGCUUGUCCUCGAUCAACUCCGAUGCAAUGGUGUUCUCGAGGGAAUCCGCAUUGCUCGAACUGGUUUCCCCAACCGUUUGCCGUUUGCGGAAUUCCGCCAGCGUUACGAGGUCCUCUGCAGAGACAUGCCGAAGGGAUACCAAGAAGGUCAAGCCGUUGCAGCCAUGAUGCUUGACAAGCUCGGCCUUGACAGGGCCUUGUACCGCGUAGGUCUUACGAAGGUCUUCUUCAGGGCCGGUGUCUUGGCCGAGCUGGAAGAGCAACGCGAUGCGUUGAUCACGGAAAUCAUGUCCCGCUUCCAGUCCGUCGCAAGGGGUUACAUUCAGCGACGGAUUGCAUACAAGAGACUGUUCCGAACAGAAGCCACUCGCAUCAUCCAGAAGAACUUCAACGUCUACCUGGGUCUUAUGGAAAACCCGUGGUGGCAACUCAUGGUGAAGAUGAAGCCCCUGUUGGGUGCAACCAGGAGUGCCACCGAGGUCAAGAAGAGGGAUGCCAUGAUCCGCCAGCUCCAGGACAAGAUGAACCAAGAAGCCGACGACCGUCACAGAUUGGAGGAGGAAAGGCGGAACGUUCACAACGAAAUGGUCCGUAUCCAGCAGACACUAGAGAGCGAGCGUGCGCUCGCCCUGGACAAGGAGGAAAUUUUCAAGCGCUUGCAGCUUCGCGAAACCGAGCUCGAGGAGAAACUCUCUGGUGCCAUCGAUGAUCAAGAGAGAUUGGAGGACCAGCUCGAUGAUUUGCUUGAGGCAAAACAGCGCGCCGAACAGGAUGUUGAGAAGUACCGCGCUCAAUUGGAGCAAGCUGCGCUGCUUAUCGCCAGACUCGAGCAAGAAAAGUCGGACCUUUCGGCGAGAAUGGAGGAGCUGGAGCACUCCAUUGAGGAGAUCUCAAAGAAGCAGUCCGAGCGCAGUGAGCAGGAGAAACGACUGGAGGACGAGAUUAAGAUGCUUCAAAGCCAACUGAAUCUCAAGGAUCGCAAAGCACGAGAUUUGGAGGCCAAGCUUCUGAAGGUUGACCAGGAUGCCGAAGUCAAGUUACGUACGGCGCAAAAGGACCUGCAGUCAUCCAAGUCCAGAGAAUCUCAGCUAGCCCUGGAGAACCGCCAAGUUCAACAACAGCUUUCCGAGCUUUCCAAAACCUCAACAGAUUAUGAGGAUCUCAUUCGGAAGAAAGAAAGCGAGCUUUCGGUUCUGCGAGGCGACAACAAGAAAUACGAGAUGGAGCGACGCAGUUUUGAAGACCAGAAAAAGGCUCUUGCUUCCGAAAAGGAAACUGCAGCUGACAAGCUUCGCGAUGUGCAAGCAGAGCUGACAGCCAUCAAGUCUCAGCAGUCCCAACUGGAGAGAGAGGCAGAGGAUGCCAAGAAGCUCCUUGAAGCUCGGUUGUCUGAAGACGCGCAAGCAGACGAGAAUCGCCAGGUUUUGGAGGCGCAGAUCAAGGAUCUCAAGGACGAACUCUACAACAUCCAAAAGGAGCUCAGCCGAGAGCGCCAAUCCCGCGAUGAUGUCCUCUUACUGAGCGAGCACAAGUUCAACGCUCUCCAGGAAGAAUACGACCACCUCAAUGAGUCUAAGAUCAUCAUCGAAAAGGAGCUCUACGUGCAGCAAGAUCACUUACGCCGAACCAAGGAGGCCCGCGACACGGCUGAGAAGGAACGCGAUGAAGCUCGACAGGAGAUCAGGCGCCUUCGUAUCGCCAAGACUGAGGCCGAAGAAGCCCGUGUGCAAGCCGAAGUUGAGGGAGAGCGUGCUGCUACUCGAGCCGCUCGUGAGAGAGAGGAAAGUCUUCGCAAGGACCUCGAUGCUGCCCACGAACGAUUGAAGUGGUUUGAAGAUGAAUGCGCCAACCUGAACCGACAAGUCGAGGACCUGAACAAAUUGAUCCUCGAAUCUGGAGAGUUCGGGCUCAAGAACGACCAGGAGAAGGAGAGACUCGAGCGCGAAAUAGUCACAGUCAAGGGCCGCCUCAAAGCAUCCGAGAACGACAACCGCGCUCUUCUUAACAAACUUCAGCAGAAGGGCUUGGAGAUUGCGCGCUCAAGUUCGAGAGCCAGUGAGGCUUCCAGAGGCCAGGUUUUGGGUCUUCAGAAGGAGAAGACCCGCCUCGAGGAGCAGAAUGCCGUACUGCACAAACAGUUUGGCGACUCGCAGCUCACUAUCGCCGGUCUCGAGAAGAAGGUUGAGAAGUUGCAACUCAAUUUGGAAGACCUCAACCACGAAGUGGCCCGUGAAGCUAAGACCUCGAGGAACGCCGAAAAGAUGACAUCAACAUUCACAGCUCAACUGGCUGAAGCCAACAGGACGAUUGAGUCCGAACGUCAACAGCGUACUCAGGCGCAAGCAACUGUUCGCACUCUGCAGACAACCAUGGAGGCUAGGGAAAAGGAGCUGCAGGAGUUGAGAGCACAGAUGCUCAGCGUCCUCAAGACGGUCGAUCCCGAAGUUGUUCUUCCGCCCCAAGCAGACGGCGCAAACGAGGGCAUGCUCAGCAAGAACUUCGACCUGGUUAGGAAAGUUGAGGAUCUUAAGCAAAACCUUCGCGUUCAAACUGCUGCUCGCACAAACGCUGAAGCACAGCUAGCUGAGAUGCGAUCCAACCGAGGAGUCGACUCGCCCAUGAGACCAAAGCUGGAGGAAAUCAGUCCAAACGAGGCCCCGUUCAAUGGCUCCCCCACCUUCAGACGGUCGAAAAUGCAGACUCGCCAGUACUCCAACACUUCAACUCCGACUCGACGAUUCGAGCCAGAACCUCUCGACUCAGCUCGCUCCGAUAAGACCGAGGACAUUCUCAGCUUCAACAACCGAAUGGAUCUCAAGGCUGAAGUCGAGGAGUUGCAAAACCAGCUUCAGCUUGCUCAGAUGCAGAACCGUCAUCUCCAGAGCCAGAUUGACCGUAGCUCCUCGCCAUCGGACGAAUUCGACGAGAACCCAUCGUUACUCCGCAUGCAGAAGCUUGAGAAGGUCAACAGUCGUCUGCACGAUAUGCUGGACGACUCCUCUAAGAAGGUCUCGGCGUUGGAGCGAAGUGUGAGAACCGGGGAGCUUUCUCUGCGUGACAUUCAGACUCGAUCCCACGAGGAGAUUCUUGACGCCCUGAAUAGCCAGGAGGAGGCACGCCGGUCACUUCUGCACAGCCAUAGGGAUGCCAUCUCGGAGCUUUCCGACGUCAAGAACCACUUCGAGAAGAUGCGCCAUGACCGAGCCUCCAUUGAAGUGGAACUUCGCGACACGAAGUCUGACCUCGAGGAGAUGACAAUGGCUCGCGAACAGGAGGCGGACAGCCGCAACCAGUUGCUGCAGGAGUUUUCUGAUUUGCAGAUCCGACUCGACAAUGAGACGUCCAAACUUGCCGACGUGGGGGCCAGCUUGAACCUGUACAAGAGUCGUGCCGAUGAGUACUUCAGUAAAUUGGAGCAGGCGGAGAUCGCGGUGCUGAAGGCGAGCCGGGCGGAGCAGUUUGCGAAGGCUCAGGCUAAGGAGGCCGAGGAUACGUACGCCGAAAUCUUUUCUGAGAGGGAGAAGAUGGACGCUGCCAUCGAAGACCUACAACGCCAAAACCAGAGGUUGGAAGAGAAGCUCGAGGAUAUGUCCACAGAUCUUGAGACCACGACUCAAGCGAAGAAGCGCCUCCAGCACGAGCUCGAGGACUACAGAAACCAGAGAGCAAACGAUAUUGAAGAUAAGGAGCUGAGCAUGGAGCAGACUCGCAAGAAGUACCAAGCUGAGUUCGCCACCUUGACCAAGGAACUGGAUCUCGCUCGGGAGGAGAAGCUGUUCAAGCAAGCUGAAAUCGCUCGCCUGCGCGAGGAACUUGACGAGCUCCGCUCUAAGUGGGACGAUGAAGUUCUCAACAGUUCGACCUGGUCCAAGGAGAAGGCACGUCUCGAGUCGACCCUCGCCGACGUUGUGUCUUCCCGCGAUGAGGCCGUCAACGCUCAUAGUGAAGCACAAGGCAAGGUUGUUACCCUGCUCUCGCAAGUACGAUCCCUCCGCGCGUCAGUCGACGAUGUUACGUCCGAGAGAGACCUUCUCAUCCGAGAGAAGCGCAACAUUGAGGCACGUUUGGAAGAAGCAAAGGCUGGCCUUGAGGACCUCACGAACGGCGACAGCCCAUCUCUGCGUGACGCCGCCAACAUUGACAAGGAAAUGCUGGAGCUGAAGUCGAAUCUGGCUCAGCAAGAAGACAUCGCUGCCGCUGCAGUGGAGAAGAUGAGACGUGCUGAGGCUUUGGCAUCAGAGAUGCAGAAGGAGGCUAUGGUCGAACGCGAGGCCAGCUCUCAGCUUCAGAAGGACAAGGCCACUCUCGAGAAGUCGUUGAACGAGAUCCAGAUUAAGCUGGUCGACCUCGAAACAAAGGGCUACUCCAGCGCGAGCCACGACAUCAAGUUCCUCCACAAGCGCAUCCAGGAGCUCGAAUCCCACCUUGAGGAGCAUGAGACUGAACGGACCAAGUCCCAGCGAUCCGUCCGAAACGUGGACCGAAUCGUCAAGGAUCUCCAGGGCCAGAUCGAUCGCAAGGACAAGCAAAACACGCAACUGCAAGACGAUGUCUCCCGCAUGCGUGACAAGGUCGAGAAGCUCCUGCAAACAAUCGAGGAGCUUCAGUCCUCCGAGUCGGAGAUUCAGCUAUCGACGCGUCGUGCGGAGCGCGAGCUUCGUGAGGAGAAGGAGAAGUCACUCCGUCUGGAGCGCGAGAUUGAGAACAUCAAGGCUCUGAGAAUGGAGAAGGGCGCCGCAUCCCAGAUGGGAAGUGUCCGCGGCGCGUGGCGCACGGGAUUCAGUAUUGACGACGAGACCGCCUCGAUGAUCUCGGUGCCCAAGCGCAAGAGCAGCCUUAGCCGGGCUCCUAGUAUGACGAAGGGCUUCUUGUAA